CAUCAUCCUCCGGCCUUCACCGGCCUAGUUCCCGCCGCUUCUCUUCUUUUCUUUCCGGUCUCACCGUCCCUCACAUCAGCUUUUGCUAGUGCAGUCGCGCCGUUUCGUCGUCUCUUGUAUUGACGUAACAAUACAACCGGACAUUUCCUCUCUUCCACCUUAGCUUCCUUCCCAGCUGACAAUAUGCGGAGGCACGGAAGCGCUUGUGUGGUGGUUCUAGGAGACAUUGGUCGCAGUCCUCGGAUGCAGUAUCACGCCCUGUCGCUCGCCCAUCAGGCGUCUUUAGAGGUGGACAUUGUUGCUUAUGAAGAAGCGAUGUCUGAAACUCCUUCAAAGCUUGCCAAAGAUACUUUAUCCCUUGACACUUCUGCUGAAGCCAAUCUUUCAGUUUGUUAUGCUCCUUUGGUUUCUUUGCAUUAAAGUUCCUCGCUCUGAUAUUCUUUACAGUACGGGUUUGAGAAGCAUUAUGGGAAAAAGGCAAAUGGUUUGUUGUGUGUAACAAGGGCAAUGCAACAUGAAUUAGCACAAAAUUGGGGAAUUAAGAAGUAUGGGAUUUGGGGAUGAAACACUAUUUAUGACUCAUAUUGGCAAUGAUAUUUUGUUGAAGCAGAAAAGAUCAGCACUUAUUGUUAGCAGUACUAGCUGGUAAGGUCAUGUUUUUAAAUAGGUCCUAUAGAUUGUGCUUCUUGCCGGCCUAUUUUUCAAUCUCUGUGUCUUCCAAGCAUGUCCAUCGGUUAUCCUAAUUUUGUUAGUUGGGCGCAGCUUUUGCUUGGUCAUGCAUUGAUCUUUUCCUAUCAAUAUAAUUAAGUAUACUUU